AUGUGUCUGCUGAUGCUGGUUCUUCUCUUGCUGGCAGCUACUGCAAUACUGUGGGUCAAUUUUAACAACCUGACUAUAGAGAAACACCAUCUACAGACCAGUUACAAUAAUCUGACUACAGAGAGAGACCAUCUACAGACCAGUUACAAUAAUCUGACCACAGAGAGAGACCAGUUAGAGACCAGUUACAAAAAUCUGAUUGCCGAGAAUGAACGGUUAAAGAUCAGUAACAAAAAAGUGGCUGAAGAGAGAGACCAGUUUCAGAAGAACAGAGAAGAACUCCAGAGGGGGCUUUCUCAGCUGAAGAGAGACAUUAACACACCAGGAUGGAAAUACUUCAGCUCCAGUAUUUACUACAUCUCUACUGAGAAGAAGAGCUGGGAUGAGAGCAGACACGACUGCCGGGGAAAAGGAGCAGACCUGGUGAUCAUAAACAGCAGAGAGGAACAGGACUUUGUGGAUGUGUGGAGAAGAGGUGAGGCGGGUUGGAUUGGUCUGACUGACAGAGAAAGGGAAGGGGUCUGGAAAUGGGUGGAUGGUACAGAACUGACCAGUGGGUUCUGGGGUGAUGGAGAACCCAACAGCAGAGGUGAUGAGGACUGUGCUAUAUCUGGCAAUUGGUCUAAAUCUGCUCUGAACUGGGUUGAUAUUUCCUGUAAUAACCGGUAUGUCUGGAUCUGUGAGAAGAACAUUUCGAGCUGAAAUGUGAGUUAUGAAUGAAAUAGAUUUCAGAUCAUAAGUUUUUUUUUUUCUUCUUAAAUAAUCUGAUGUUUGUAUUGGUGGAGAGAGAAUAAAACCAGCCUGACCUUCUCCCAGGAACACAUUAAAGGAACUAUACCACAGAAGUAGCUGUUGUGUUGUUAGCUCUUUAUGCUUAUACAUUUUCUUUUACAUUUACAUAUUUCUACUUUGAUGGAUAAGGUUAACCUUGUAAAAUCUGACUUUAUUCAUUUAUACGGGAAAACUUAAUAAACAUGACGAUGCAAUAAAUUAGUUCUCUGUCAAAAAUUACUCACAGGUGCAUGAGGUAAGACAUUUCAUAUAUAUAUACUUAAGAAUACCCUGCUGAAAAAA